ACAUCGCUUUAAUUAAAUCAGUAGCUACGUUGCUAUAGGUACUAUAAACUCCGCAAUAACAUUUACACUCAGGUAUAUAAGGCUUGAUUACCAAGCGUAUAACUAUGAUUUGAAAAUGUAAUUUGAAUAAAUGAGAUUAGAUUUAAAUAAUUGUAUAUUUCACAUAACACGUCAUUUAACUAGAAACCACGAUGAAAUACCCAGCAGCAGUUUUAGUUAUAACUGUUUUAAGCAUUUGUCUAGUUGCAACUAGCGGAAAAAUAGUUAGAGCAAGACUAGAGAGCUGUCCAGGGUGCUCCUUGAAUCGACUUCUAGAAGUAAGGCAGUUUGCGUAUGAAGAUAUAAAAAAAUAUAAAGACGUGGAAUGGAAGAAAAUAUCUGGAGCAAAACCAGAACUUGUUUUUUUAAAUGAUCAAGAUGAAGAAAUUGAAAGAGUUCCAUUAAGUACUCUAAAUAGAAAAGAAUGCAAUGAGGUACUAACAAGUCGAGGUUUUACACAAGAGAAGAAUGAAGAGCUUUGAUUGGCACUGAAGGAAAUUUCAACUUAAAAAUGCUAAUAUUACAACAUGAGACUAAAAAUAGUUUUAGUUGCAUUGUAAUUUUCAAUAAAUAUUUCAUAUAUUUUCACAAACUUUUUUUGCAAAUAUUAUUAUAUUAAAUAAGAGAGCUGGACAUUUUGUCAACCUUUUUUUGGAAUUCAAUACCAAAACUCGCUCUUUCCACACCGAGCACAUAAUGGUGAAAGCAGAAACGAAGUUGUAUCUAUAUAUUUUAAAAAGCCGAUCAUGGAAAUUAACAAAGUUGUUUCCUUUUUUAUAUAGGACGAUUGUCUACCAAACUUUACUAGUUUCAGCGCCAUUCCUUCUUUCGCUUUUUCACAGUGUUUUGCAAUUUAAAUCAUGGGUAAAAAUAUGGAUAUGUCUCUGAACCAUUGGUUAGAGUGUGUUUAGAAAACUAAAUUAGUGGAAUAACUGCUAGUAAUGUAACAAAUAACAUUUUUUGAACAUUCGCGGAUGCAAAUGUUAAUGUUCAGUUUUAGUUCAAUUGUCUAUGUUGUAACAUUUUGAAUAUUCCUUUGUUCACGUAUUGUGGCACAGUAGUCACUUCGGAUUUAUUUAUUCUAACUUUCGAGUUUUUGAAGAAAUUAAUUUGUUAUCGACCUCCCACUUCAUUUGAGAAAUUCAAUAAAACCUCGAAAUUGAUUCGAAUUCUUCUUCUACCUAUCUAGACUUGUAGUGAUUUUAUUCUUUAUAUUUACUGGAAAAUUUUUCUUUGCUCACAAAAAUUUCAGAUUUUUUUAUGAAUUUCCUUUUGUUUUAAGCAAAUUUUGUGUGAUAGUUUUCAUAUGAAUUCGUAUUUUCUAUUUAUUUGGGGAACAGAACGAAUAGAAUACAACAGAUUCCUGUUUGGUUAAAUUUUAAAAAAUAUAAAUUCAGUUUUUUGAUAUGUUAGAGCAUAAGCUCCUUUUGUUCAAAUCUGUUCUUUCUACUCGUUCCUUUUUCCGUAAUUUCCAUAAUUUCCAACUGUGUUUUCGUUCCCACCAAUGUCUUGGUGGUAGCAUUUAAUAUUUUAAGCUUUAUUAAAUUUGGCUUUUGCUUUUGAAAGUAUUUUCACUUAUGAAAAAUGCAAAAGAAUAAUAAAGUGUUUGUUUGA